AUGGGUCGCUUCCCAUGGAGUCAGGGACAUUCCAAGCAAAGCAGCGACAAGCUGCAUGUCGCUACCAGCGACUGGGCCUCAGUGGACAAUAAUGAGCCUUCCGGCCAUGCCUUGACCGAGUUAAUCAAAGAGUACUCAAGUGCCGAAUCUGGGAAUCCUGACCUAUCACCUAAACCUCGAGUGAGGUCGCGGACGAACACGAUCACCUCGUCGUUUUCUGCCUACACUCGGUCUUUGUCAGAUUCUUCCAAUGAAAUUGCCUCGAGGCCUUCCUCCCGACAGAGUCACGUCGACGGUGGACUGCCACUGAUGGAGCGUCAAGAAAGUACUGCGAAGAGCUUGCUGAACAAGGGCACUCGCAUGUUGAAACGGCAAGGGAGUAAGCUGAACCUUUUGCCUUCCCAGAUGGAAGAUAGAUCCAGCACCAUCCCCGAAGACAGGGCUGCCGAGAUGGUUCCAAUAAAGGGCAUUCAACGUCAGCCCACCCUGAUCUCCAGACGGUUAAAACGGAGCAUUUCGGGCCCCUUUGCUUUCCAACAUCUGACUCACGGAGACCAAGCCCAAUUCCAGAGCCUGGACUCAGUCAGUAAAACAGACCUCACCUCAGAAUUCAAUGCUGUACAGGCGGACCAGCAGCCCAUCAGCCAGAUCCGGGGGAUCCCUGUCACGGACCUUCCCGUGACUGGUGAGGAAUCAAAGAUUCAUGUUGGAUUUGACGAACCAACUUCGCCGACUACCAAUGCUAUUCCGUAUCUACCAACAACCCCAACGCGCCCAAGCCCACCACCAAAGGACAACUUCAUGCCGCCAUAUAGUCCCUCAGACUUUCGGCUGUCUCGCUCGAUGGAGAAUUUCUCUCGGCCAACGAGACUGUCCGUUGCUCCUGUUGAUAUCUCUCCCUCCUCGGAGACCACCAAGAGGUUGUCCGCCAUGAGCCCUGUCAGUCAUGCGAGAGCCUUGGCUAAGCCGCUCCCACACUUGCCACACGACCAAGUUGUCCACGCUGUCUCAACUAGGGACGACAUUGCACUUCCCCUUCGCACUGCUCCAUUGCCGUCGCCUCCAAGACCAUUAAUGGAGGUGGUUGAAGAAGAAAAUCCCGAAGAGAAGGCUACUUCAGAACCAGUUGACUCCUCGCCCCAACCAGCAGUUGUGGGCGUCCUCGGCUCGCCUUCCACGAAACAGCGCAAGCGGCGAAGUCAAUCAUCUGGUGAAAUACAUUUUGACGCUAUUUGCUACACCUCGCCGUGUAGGACCUCGAAUCUAGAAAUGACUGACUCGGAAGACGCAGGGGGAGACGCCAGUCCCAAGACCCAGAAUCGAUUCUCUGUUGGUGUGAAGCCUAUCGAUAUCGAGGAUUGGGAGGACGCCAUUGAUUACUCGUGGGAACAUGCAGAGUUCGACGAGGAUGGUGGAAACAACGCUCCAACCACAAUCCCCAGUCGACCCAGUGCUCUGAGCAUACCCCGGGAGAAUUAUUUGUUGGUGGAGCAGCCAACUCUCGAUGAAGCAUCUUCCUCGGCUUCGACUCCUUUGACAAUGCAAAUGCCAAACUAUCCCUCUCGCGACGAGAGUGGCCCUAGCCGCCACCAGGAGCAGGAACCAUCAUCUCCACUCCUUGGGCUUGGAAUAGAGUCUCCGAAGCCAGUGCCCAUCGUCUCCUUGGAUGAAGCAGCUGCCAGCAAUCUUCAUCAACCACAGGAUACUUUUGCCUCGACUGACGCUUUUCGCACCCGGGCCAUGCGAAGUCCUGUCUCGACGAUGAGCAAGUCGAGCUCUCAGGAAAGCAUUAUUGCCUCGAUUUUUGGCACGCACCGGUCAUCAAAUUCUAGCACAACUCUGUCCGAUAUUGCCCAUCUAGCUAGUUUCGCGAACUCGGUUGAAAGCCUCAAUCUUGAUCUCGGAGAAUUCGGCGCCUCCUUCGAGAAGCACUUCAGAGAAGGGAGCCAGGACACGAUACGAGAGGGAUCGCAGGGCAGUAGGACGGCGGAUUCCCAAGUUCUUGAAUGUGUUGGACCGUUCACUACAUCUCCAACAAUCAAGCAUGACCGGGGUGUCUCUGCGUCUCAGAUCCCCGUCCCUGAGAGAACGUCGUCGAUGCCAGGAGUCGAACUGUCAAAGGCCCAAGUUGGCCGCAAACGUGCCACCACAGCAACCUCUCGACCCCGACGCAACACUCGCGUUUCCUAUUCUCUAUUCCCCACCAACGCCACCACCUGA